UGAGAAUGUCGAACCCGAGGAUCGGGUUGAGUGGAGGACCGACGACCAUCAACGUGAUGGGCGUGGUUGUGACGAGAGGAGCCUGGAUUCGUAUGGUGAGCCACUGGUGGUUUGUUUUGGGUGCAAGGCGGUAGGCCAUUACCGUAGCGAUUGCUGGAGGUUGUGGACGAACCCAACUAUGAGAAGACAAAUGGAGGCGGACGGAUACGUAUGCCCCCCAGAGUACCAGCGUCGUGGGCAGUCGAGCUCUCCUCACCCCAACCGCGGGACUAGCCUGAAACGGUCCCCAUCUGAAGAACCUGCGACAAAGAACCGGACAGAAGGUUUGGAGAAGACAGUGGAAGCCAUGAAGGCGUUCGUGGAUACCGAGAUGGCCCGACGCGCUGAGAAGGAGAAGAAGAAACGGGAGAAGGUUGAAAGGAAACAACGUGAGGAGGAAGAGCGAGCGGCGAUUGAAACGGCAAAUCGAGCGGAGGAACUUAAUCAACAACGACGACUUGAGAAGAUUCGCAAACAAGAGAAGGAACGCGAAGCAUUGGCGAAGGUUGUUGAAGUAUCUGUCGGAAUACGACUUGGCAGCGUUGACGACCGUCUCAAAAACAUUGUUCGGGAGGUCCUAUCGGAGAGCCAGCUCUUAGCCAGAGGUAAAGGGAAGGCACCCGAAGCUAUUGCAUCCACAUCUGGAACGGCCAAGGAGAGUGAAUUGGAGGCAAUUACCAAAAGUAUUGAAGGUCUCCAGAUAUUGGAGAAACACAAACACGUUGAAGAUACGACGACGGGGAACAACCCCCCUGUUACGACCCCAACCAAGCGAGUCACCCGUAGAACGAGUAUGAGACCUCUACGCCUUGCUGAGAAGCUGCGCAGACGACCAAUAUUGAAGAAGUCGAGCACCCUACGCCUCAACCGUCGAGCAAUGACCGCGGUGAAGACUACUAGUGAAAACAAGACGGUCGAACGCAUGCAGUUCUUGGAAGCCACGCGCAAGGAUUUAAUCCCGAUUCAUCAUGACGAAAUCCGCAAGAUUUAUAACAAAGAGGGAAUCCCGUAUAAGACCAAGGUACAAACCAUCUUUGAUCUGGUGGAUCGUCGUGCUGAACUGAAGUUUGGAUCUGAACAGCGAGGAACCGGUAUCAUUAUCCUGAAUUCCGAAUCAGGUGACGUGUCUAACGAUGAAGACGAUGAGAGUUACACAUGAAAUAAUUUAACCGUUGACCAGUGGUGUCGUAUUUGCGAAAUCGUGGUUGAAUUCCGUAGGGGACUGACAAGGGUAGAUAACACAGUAGAGACGGUGUAUCAGUUAUUGGUC